AGAGUUAAUAUGUGUUUUAUACACUUGGAAGAAACAUAGAAGUGGGAGUUUUUAAUAUUAGUCUCUCUGUUUUUAUUUUUCUUUCAAACAGGGAAAGUACUACUUAUCCACAGAAGUUUCUACCAUGAAGGUCGUUUCAAAAUUGAUUCUGUUGACGAUUCACUUCCCACGAUUACGACUCUUGUGGUCUCCCUCUCCGUACGUGAGCUCCGAGAUGUUAGAGUUAUUAAAGUUGGGAAAAGAUCAACCUGAUGCUGCUCACGCCAUUAAAAUAAGCUCUCAAGAAACAGGAGAAGAAUUAUCCGACAUAUAUGCAGCUGCUCCGCAGGAUUUUCUGUCCCAUCUACCUGGAAUCAGUUUCAGGAACGUCCGACCCAUGAUGAAGAACGUGACUAGUCUGGCUGACUUGCUUACCAAGUCAAAGGAAGAACUAAAUCAAAUACUUGAGAAUUCAAACACAUCAAAGAAGUUAUGGGAAGCUCUUCAUCAGUCUGUGAAAAUAUCUGAUAAAGACAAACAACUUUCAACGAAAAGCACUUUUAGUAAAAAUUUGACAAAAAAGACAAAAUGAUUGGAAAAAUUUUAUAUGUACAAUUGUAUAUAUGGUAUUUGUACACUAGAAGCUAUGAAAUAAAUUUAAAAGAGGAAUUUAAUUAUAACUCAUUACUCUGAACAUUUGUUGAAUGUCGUACACACACACACACACACAGAAUACUCGACUGUUUUACUCAUCCUUUUAGAGUUACUGCGAUAACGAUACAGUUCUGUUCUUGGUUACUAAUAAUGCAAACUCUUAAUGGGUUUUUGAUUGUAUUUCCCAUAACUGUUAAAAUUAAAUUUGUUUUUGAGACGUAACUUUUUUCCAUUA